CCGUGGUGGGGGAGAAACUCUGAGUGGGACUAUUUACUAAUGGGCUUGAGGAUGACACCACCUUGUAAAAGCCCAUGCGAGGUUUGGACCUUUGACUUUGCAGAAGACAACUUCAAACGGCUAGCAACCCAAGACAAGUGGCUGAGUACGGGAUAACGUGAAAGCGCGCGGUGGAAGGAGGAAGAUGGCACUACUUUCCAACUUACAGUUUUCUCGUUGGACUUUUUACAAACACCUUACUCCGCGUAAAUAUACAACGCUCUGUCAGCACAAUUCCACAGCCAAUUUAUCCCAUUACGUAACCCUAACUACCCGCCAGAAAGACCAGAUUCAUCUCUACGUCGAUACACUUCUUCAAUGGAACAAGCGCAUGAAUCUAACCGCAGUAAAAGAAGUGAAUGAAGUCAUGGAAAGACACAUCGAGGACUCCCUUGCGAUUUUGCCUCCGUUGAGCGAUAAUUAUAUCAGUCACUGCAGCAAUUCUAUCGAUAAGCUUAAACUCGUCGAUGUUGGAACCGGCGCAGGUCUUCCUGGAGUAGUUUUGGCUAUAGCUCGACCAGAUUGGGACGUAACGCUGAUGGAGUCUAUGAACAAGCGGUGCGUCUUCUUGGAGCAUGUUGUUGGUGUUAUUGGUUCCACCAAUGUUCAAAUUGUAAGAGGAAGAGCAGAGAGUUUGGGGCAGGAUCUUUGCUUCAGAGAGAAAUUUGACAUAGCAGUAGCCAGGGCAGUUGCAGAGACGAGAAUAUUAGCUGAGUAUUGUCUUCCGUUGGUUCGUGUUGGGGGAAUGUUUAUUGCUGCCAAGGGUCAUGAUCCUGAGGAUGAAGUUAAGAAAGCUGAAAGCGCCAUCAAGAAAAUGGGUGCAUCAUUAUUGCAAGUAUGCUCAGUGGAAUCGCAAAGCCCAUAUGGUCAGCGUACUGCCGUCAUAUGUCUGAAGGAUCGGCCCACCCCAAUGAAAUAUCCCCGUGAUCCUGGUACACCAACCAAAGAACCAUUGUAAGAUGGAUGCUCACUCUGUUGGCUGGGUUCUGCUGUUCUUUCUACUCAGUCGUAUCGCUUUCCUUGAACCAGUCUGAGAGAAGGACCCAUAUGAUGUGCACCAGUGACCUGCUUUUUCCGUUUAACCUAGGACCAGUUUUUUUUUUAUCUAACUUAUUAUAAAUUUAUAAUAGUAGUGUUGUUUUUUGUUUUUUUAAUAGUAGUAAUGUUAUGACUUUGUUCAGUGUGAUGCUACUCUAGUUGUACUUGCACACAGGCAAAGCAUUACAAUAUGCCUUGUAUCUACACGGGUAGAAACUCUAAUUGUCGAUUAGUGCAGCAAUGAAAUAAAACAGUUAACUGCAUUUUGUCUUUAA